AAUUCUCCACAUCCUGCAAGACAGGACAAAAUUCACAUUAUCCAUGGAAACAUGCGAGCCUGACCGUGCACCUCGCUGAUCCAUAGCUUUUAGAGACACAACAAAGAUCACUGUAUACUAGCAUGACCAACGCAACCGAGAUCCUCUCCGUGGUGCUGCUCAUCGCCGGCGUCUCCCUGAUGCUGGUCGUCCACAUCCUCGUGAUCAUCUGGGCGCUGCGGCGCGGGCUCGGCUCCCGCGGUACCUCGCACACCACCGACGAGGAGCGCGCCGCGGGCGGCCGCUGCGGCGUCGGAGGGCUUUCUGCCGGCGAGCUCGGCACGCUGCCGUGCCACGACUUCAAGCAGGCCGAGGCCGCGGGCGGCGCCGGGGGCGGGGACUGCGCGGUGUGCCUGGAGGCGUUCGAGCCCGGCGACCGGUGCAGGCGGCUGCCGCGGUGCGAGCACAGCUUCCACGCCGAGUGCGUGGACUCGUGGCUGAGGAAGAGCGGGGCCUGCCCCGUGUGCCGCGCCGAAGUGGUGGACCGGCCGCCCGAGGGCGAGCCCAAGGCGGCGGCGCCAGGGGCUCUGGAGAUGGCGGAGAGAACAAGCCUGGCCGCAUUGGGGGAUCGUUGCUGAAAGAUAGCCGAAGCUAUGGCGGCACUCGAUGGGGCCGCUACAUAGUUGCACUGGAUUUGUGUUGUUUGUGCCAAUAGCCUGUACAUAUAUAUCAUGUGGUAUGUAUUUCUCUUCGGAUUGACUAUUCUGAUGGUGGAGGAAAGAUUGGCACUCGACCAACACGAAAAA